GCCGUGCAGCAGAGUCGUGCAGCAUGCUGCGAGCUGUCGGACGCGUUCUCGUUUUGGUGGCCGUAAUACUGAGUGGAGGCUUGCUAACAGGUAUGAUGUGGUUGCCUGUAGAGAAAACUCCGGAAAGAACAAGACUUUUUCUCUACGAAAAACCUCCGCGGACAUCAAGAUUUGCAUGGCCCGUGUGGUCGUCUGUUCAAGAUGACCUCCAGAGUUUCAAUAAUACCCACAAGCAAACACAGGAAGUUCGAGAAAGUGACGUGACGAUAGAGAAGCUAGGGAAAGUAUUCGAAACACGCUGCAAUAGCCUAUAUGCGUCCUUCAAAGGUCAACUCAUUUCCACCGAGGAAGGUUAUCUUCCUGACAAGUUCAGUGGUUAUGAACUUGCUCUUGUUCAAGUCUUGACUAGACAUGGAGACAGAGCUCCGCUCAAAGGCAUUCCUCUAGCUGAUCUAUCUUCAUUUCAAUGUCCUGACGAUAAGCACUAUUUCGCUGAUGCAGAUACGGCCAUGAAGACGUCCAAUAAAUGUUCAAGAGGGAGGUUGACUUGGAACGGCUGCAGACAGCAUGAAACCCUAGGUCAGCAUCUCAAAUCAAUUUACCAUCUUGACACAAAAAGCAUACGGUCACGUACUAUGGUUGUGAGUACUGAUUAUCAGAGAACCAUCCAGAGUGCUAAGUGUUUGAUUGGAGGACUGCUUGGUCACCAGAACUAUCGACCAAUUUGGAAGCUGCCUGGGACAAUGUUUCAAAUGGAAAAGACUGGCUACUUACCUAAUUGUCCUUCUAUUGAUGUGCUCUGGCAAGAAACACAAAAGAGAACAGAAUUUCUCCAUGCCAAACAGAAAUGGUAUAAUAUUAAAACAAAAUUGAAACAAUUCUUUUCUCAGAUAAACAGGCGUCUACGAAGCAAUCAAGGUCCAAUCGAAUUCUACGAAGGGCUAAUCUGUAACUAUUGUCAGCUCAAUAGUAGUGAAAGAUCAAGAAUGGUAACUCCUUGUAUCAAGGGUCAUUGCUUGCCGCCAUCUCUAGGAGAAGAAAUAAUCAAGACAGCUGACAUAUAUACGAAACUUCACAAUCAGGAGAAGUCUGCUAUUCUACAAAUUCAGCCCUUCAUAUCACAAGUCGUGACCAAGUUCAGAAAGUGGAUAGAAGGAGCUCGACGUGACCGAGUUGUUGUCUACUCUGGACAUGACACGACUUUGGCUGCACUUCUGACUGCCCUGCAUGCAUUCGAUGGUCAUCGACCUCCAUAUGCAUCCAGAAUUGUAUUUGAGUUGUGGAAGCGACCACAAGUCAAGAACGACUUCAUUGUACGAACACUGUACAACGGUCAAGUGAUUAACUCAGACAUUAUUAGUGAAUGCAUGAACUUUCAGCAGUUUGAAAAGAAUCUACUAACAGGUACUUUGAGAAGCAAGGAGUCUCAUGCUAAAGGUUGUCUUUAUGGCAGCAUUGAGCUACAAUAACAGUUGACAUUGGACAUUGAUAAAAAAAUUGAAACUUUAGAUUUAUAUUGUAGCUUUAUGUGAAUUAGAAAUAUUUAUAGGCAAUGAAACAUUGAGAAAUUUACAGUAUGCUUUA